CAUGUUUUAAUGGUCACAAAGAACACCGGACGUGUAAAUAGCAACACAUGAAGUGCAAACUUCGACGACAGCUUCAUAAACGAGGUGCUGUAUGCACACGGCGUGAUGAGUACCUAGGGAUUGUAACUUCAGUGUUUUUCAACAUUGACAUGACAUUCGAUUGCUACGUGGAGGUAGACCUCUAGCCUACCUGAUCUGACCAAUGAGUAUACACGCGCUGUAUCAUGGUACAUGUAUGAUUAUUAUUAGUCAUAUUUUCAUGUCAUUGUGGCCUUAUGUUAUUGUUUAAUGUCUUGUCACAUAUUGACGUUUGGGUCGUGUUGUAGGAUUCCCACGUAACGCUAGAAAAACGCAAUAUAUUGUUGUGUAUAAUCCUAACUCACACUUGAAAGGAGAGAGGAGGGGGGGGGGUGAGUGUUCUUUUCUGUUCCCCUCUCAUCCGCCGGACAUUUCACUGAAUCCAAAGAUCGCCAUGGAAAUCAACAAAGACACCGCCAUGCCCUCAACUUGUGUCCUAUGAAGAAGAAAAAAGGCCCGGAUCAACAACAAAGAGUUUGUAGUAUACUGCCUCUCAGUCUCUGUGCUGUCAGAGAAAGAUUGCGCAACAACAGUAUUAAGCGACACAUUGACUUCUUGUGCAGCUGAAUGGCCAUGCUCAACAUCAGAAUCUGCACACAACUUAAUGCUCGGAGAAAGUGUAUUUUAAUAUUGCAUGGAGAGAAUGGUUGUUGCUAUGCAUUAGUUGCAGAGGAACAUGCACGCAUUUGACUUUUAGCAGUGUAUAGUGUGACUGAAUAGCCGACGACUGUCUACAUUUUCACACCGUCUAUUGUUGCUUUUAUAUUUCUCAACUUUCUUUCUUGUGUUAUUCAGCCGUUUAACCAAAACCACAGUCAGCAAUCUCACAAUACCUGGGAUUGAUGAUGCACGCGGACCAAUAGGAGAGGGGCCACGGCACGCGGAUUGUUAUUUGAUGGGUGCAUGUUAGUAGGGGGAUAGGGCCUCCUCCAAUGAGUGUCUGAGUACCGGGUCACAUGUAGCCCCCCCUUCCUCCCCAUUCAUCAGGGGUGGACUGUGUUGUCUUUUCAAUUCAUUUAUCUGCAGGAAUGAUUGCGACUAUCAGUCUACUGCUCACCGCUUGACUGGGGAGGUGAAAGUUUCGCCACAGGAAGAGAAACCGCAAAAUACAAUAUUGUAGCCUCCGUGAUUCGCGUGUGGAUCGGAUGAGAGGUAGAACAGGAAACAGUCCUAUCUUGUUUUAGUUGCCUCAUUGAGUUGUAGACUGACGGAAGAUGCUGCUGGACGCAGGACCCCAGUACCCCACCAUAGGAGUCACUACGUUUGGCUCCUCAAGGCAUCACUCAACAGGCGAAGUAACAGAACGGGAAGUGGCUUUGGGGAUAAAUCCAUUCGCAGACGGGAUGGGCGCUUUUAAAAUCAACCACAGCUCCCACGACCUUAGCUCCGGCCAGACGGCGUUCUCCUCCCAGGCUCCCGGCUAUGCUGCUGCCGCUCUGGGUCACCACCACCACCCGACACACGUCAGCUCCUACUCCACGGCAGCAUUCAACUCCACCCGGGACUUUCUCUUCAGAAACCGGGGCUUCGGAGACGCAACCAGCGCGCAGCACAGCCUGUUUGCCUCCGCAGCGGGAAGUUUUGCAGGGCCACAUGGACACUCCGAUGCCACCGGGCACCUGCUCUUCCCCGGACUCCACGAGCAAGCCGCCAGCCAUGCGUCAUCUAAUGUCGUCAACAGCCAGAUGCGCCUUGGCUUUACCGGGGACAUGUACGGCCGGGCUGACCAGUAUGCCCACGUUACGAGCCCCCGCUCCGACCACUACGCCUCCUCCCAGCUGCAUGGCUAUGGCCCUAUGAACAUGAACAUGGCGGCUCACCACGGGGCAGGGGCCUUUUUCCGAUACAUGAGGCAGCCCAUCAAACAAGAGCUCAUCUGUAAGUGGGUCGAGCCCGAACAGUUGUCGAACCCCAAAAAGGCUUGCAACAAAACUUUCAGCACGAUGCACGAGCUCGUGACCCACCUGACAGUGGAGCAUGUCGGUGGACCGGAGCAGUCUAACCAUAUCUGCUUCUGGGAAGAGUGCGUCCGAGAAGGAAAACCGUUCAAAGCCAAAUACAAACUGGUAAAUCAUAUCAGAGUACACACCGGAGAGAAACCAUUCCCAUGUCCCUUCCCCGGCUGUGGAAAAGUGUUUGCCCGAUCGGAAAAUCUAAAAAUCCACAAAAGGACUCACACAGGUGAGAAGCCUUUCAAGUGUGAGUUUGAUGGCUGCGACAGGCGGUUUGCCAACAGCAGCGACCGGAAGAAACACAUGCACGUCCACACUUCUGACAAGCCUUAUCUCUGCAAGAUGUGCGACAAGUCCUACACACAUCCCAGCUCUCUGCGGAAACACAUGAAGGUUCACGAGGCUACCACGCAAGGACCUCAACCGUCGCCAGCGGCCAGUUCCGGGUACGAAUCGUCCACGCCGCCCACCAUCGUGUCUCCGUCCACAGAGAACCAUAAUUCCAGUUCCAUAUCACCGGCAGCCUCGACAGUACACCACACGACCAGUCACCACACCACGCUGUCGUCAAAUUUUAAUGAAUGGUACGUGUAAAAUAUUUUCACAAAGCCUGCAGAAAUAGGACUGGAAUCAGAGACUUUGAAAGUCAGCCUAUAACGCGAGGACCGAGAAAAAAACGAGGAAGCCAAAAUGGUUGGUUAACGGCUAAAGAGAAAGAGAGAGAGAGAGUGAUGCAUGGACAAGGUGCAAAGCCAGCUACCAAGUUAACGGCUUUUUUCCCUGACUCUUUUUUGAAAGACUGCACACAAGAGAUCUCAAUGCAUGCUAUCUGCGGGUCGUGGCCUGAUUUGGUUUUUGUUGUACAUAAAGAUUCCCAGUUCAAAAAUGUCAUAUUUUAUUUUGUAAAUACUUAUAUAACAGUUUAACGGAUUUGUGCAAAUGUGGUCCCUAGAUAUAUGGAAAAUGAAAUGGUUUUACCAAUAAUAUUGCGAUGACUAGUGUUGAUUGAACAGAAUGUUGUAGUUGAUGUGUACCAAAUGUGAAUUACUAAGUAUAACUACCGUCUCCACUAUAUCGACCUUACCGACUAUUAGUCUAUUAAUGUGCUUUUGUAUUUGGUGAAACAUUUCGUCUACGGUCCAGUUGGAGUAGCACAGUACUUACCAUUGCUGUUAGUUAAUGUCAUGUCGAUAAAUCGUGUAUAGUGAAAGCCUGAAACUCCGUGUCGUCUGUUUAUGUAGGCCUUCGUGAUAAAAUAUAACAACUAUUUGUUCAUUACCUUGAUAAUGUCAAGGAAGUAUUACCUACAUGUAAAUAGCUCAAUUUUCCAUAUUUAUCUGCAUGUAAAAGGUAACACAUGUUAGAAAUGAUCGGUAUUUAUGGAGAAAUGCGCUAGUAUGUCAAAUUUAGUUUGCAAAAAAUGUUUGGUUACAUUUCGUACUAUAUUAAAGGAUUAAAACUACAACCAA